AUGGCGAGCGGUUGGAGUCCAGACUUCCUGCAGGCCUCCUCCGCCUGCCUGUGGCAGCAGCCGCUACUGCAGCAGCAGCAGCAGCAGCAGCAGCAGCAGCAGCUGCAGCAGCAGCAGCACGGGCUGCAGCAGCAGCACGGGCUGCAGCAGCAGCAGCAGCUGCUGCAAGAAGAGCAGAGACGCCAGCAGCAGAGACACCUCAUGCAGCAGUUGCAGCCGCCAGAAGGGCUGCACUGUGGACCUGCAGGUCGUUUAGCGUUGAAACAAUUUUUUGAGCGAGCUUACGUCUUGUCGAGGGCACCUCUCGCCACGGAGGCAUGUGCAUCUCCGGAUGCAGGAUGUCUUGCCAACCAUAGGCAAUACCAGCAACAGCAGCAGCAACAGCAGCAGCAAACAAUCACAACAGCAGCUGGAGGGCAGCAGGAAGGAAGCUGCAGCUUCGAGGCAGCCUCUGUAUCUUCGACAGGCAGUCUACCCGCAACAGCUAGCACUGCGGCUGCAGCAGCAGCGGGUAUUGGACUUGCACCGGCUUCUCCUGCGAUAAUUGCAUGCAGACGAUGGCAGCAGACGCAAGGCUUAGCCGAUCCGCGCGCUGCAGCGCUUGUCUCGCUGCUGCGUGCCUUGGGAGCUCCUCGGCAUGAAACGUAUAGAGAACUCUUCAACGCCUUUUUGCUGCCGCGAGCUUUACAGCGAGUUCAGCGGCUGGCAGCAGAACUGGCGAAGGUUCGAAAGGCUGCUGCCUCUGCACUAGGCAGCUGGCACCAGCAGCAUGCGGGAGAAGCUGCAGCAGUGGCGGGAGCAGCGGGAGGACGGCGCCGUUUCUCGCUCGAUGCAGCGCAGUCGAGCGCUGGAGGGGGAGCAGCGACAGCAGUAGGAUCAGCAGCAGCGACAGCAGCAGCAGCUGCUGCAGUAGCGGUGGAUUGCGUAUCCGCAGACGCAGCGGCAGCAGCAGCCCGCGCAGCAAUGCUGGAAGCCGUUUUGCUGAGAGCAGUUAGAGCGCUUACCCCCACAUUUCAGGUUCGACCCCUUCAGCCUCUGCUGGCUGCGUUGCUAGCGGCUCUCUUGCCGCUGCCUCCUGAGCCUCAAGUGCUCAAAAUGCUGCUCUCCGGAUCACCUGCAGCGGCAGACUUCCUAAAGGUGGCUGCGCUCCCCACACGGCAGUGCGUGUGGAUGCAUCAGCCGUGGCGUUUCUAUGAUGAGGUGUCUGGACACCUGGACGCAUGCGCUGCGUUAGUGCACCUCGACGUGACGGAUGCUGUGCUACGGCUUGUCUGCAGCCACCCCAAAACAGCUGGGAUCAGCGGAAGCUGCAGCACAAGCGGCCUCUUCGGCAACUCGCCUCCAACGCGGGAAGGCACGCCAGACAUUGCGCUGCAACUCCUGCAGCGGCUCGAUUGGCUGCUGCACUGCGUUGCUGGCAGCAGGUGUCUGUACAGCUUGUUGCUUUCGAUCCUGCGCCUCAAGUUUCUCCACUCGCUGCUGCCCUCAGGGCACUUCAGAAUAGCCAUCAAAAGAGCGUCUGGCAGUGCCACGCCAGCCUUUCCUCCAAACAGUCCCUUGCAGCAGCAGCAACAACAGCAGCAACAGAUGGAAGGGCUUGAGACUGCAGACGGCAUUGCCAGUGCGACAGCAACUGGCUGGGGGGGUGGCUUGGGGGGUCACUUCAUUCCAAUCGAAAGCACGAAGCAGCAGCAGCAGCAGCAGCAGCAGCAGCACCUCCCCGGAUCUGCUCGUGGCUGUGGCGAAGGCAUCCCCGCCGCUGCCAGUACAGCUAACACCAACAGCAGCAGCGGAGCUGAAGGGUGUGCUGUUGCAUGCGAAGCUGCUUGGGCAAGCGUGCGGCUGCUGUUGUACGCUCGUGCAUCCUUUCUAUUUGGAGACGCUGAAACGCCUGACCCUCAAGUAGCCCUUGGGCUAUUCGCCUUACAAGCCGCACAGUGA